UCUGUCAGAGAGGAGACUCAGAUGAGCGUGGACGUGGACAGCGCAGGACGCAGAAUGGAGGGUCAGUGCCGGUCGUCUCAGAAGUACCUGCUGCUCCAUGUGUGGUGCGGACUCCUCACCAUGGCCCUGGUCAUCAUGGCCGCCUUUAUCGCUUCCAUCAAACCAAAAUCUGAGCUACCCAGCGGCUCCCAGGAAACCCCUCCAGCAGUCAGCGCUCACUUUUCCCCAGAGGGACUUGUUGGAAAGUGGUCUUCCUACAUUGAACUGGAAACACACUUUGGUAAAGAUGCGUGGACGGAACAUGUGGCCUGUGCGUCCUGCUCCCUCUGCCUCCAUCAGGACGCCAUCUACGUCAACAGCAGCAGCCUGGAGAGCUCGCUCUUCUUCUUCUACGCCCAUGUGGCCUUCAGGAAGAACACGACUCACAACCUUCCCUCGUCUGUGAUGUUGAUAAGAAAUGCCACUAAAUAUCCAAAGAAGGAUGAGAGGGUUUUGGUGGCUGUCCCGGCGGCGGGCGAGUCGGUCUGGUUGGGGAAGAUGGUGACUCUGACCGGCGGCGACAGCGUGAGGCUGAGGAUCACAAGAGAAUAUCUAAAAGGCGACUCGUUCUGGGGAGCUUUCCAGCUCCAUUAACGCGCCACGUCUGGAUGGACCGGUAGUUCUGGUAUAACUUAUGACCUGUUCAUUCAUUUGGUUAGAUUUUUUCCCCCAAAUACAUUUCUGAAGUAUUUCCGUUCCUCCUGUGGCCAACAUGGAACACUAACUCCACCAGACAAGUUUAAAUGCAGAUUUUACUCCUAAUCGUUGAAAAACGGCCCUUUUUCUCAGUCCUUUUGGUUUAGUGAAGUUCAUCCUCCGUUUGAAGCCAGUAGAAAGUUUAAAUGAAUGUAAACUGUGAAUGGGCCAUAAAAAACCUCCUUCAUUCCUAUUUUGUAACUUCUCUGUGUGUUAUUUUAAUUUAUAAUUAAA